UAUAUAUAUAUAUAUAUAUAUUAAUUAGUACAAGAAUGGGUAGGCAUUCUUGCUGUUAUAAACAGAAGCUCAGGAAAGGACUCUGGUCUCCAGAGGAAGAUGAGAAGCUCAUGAAGCAUAUCACCAAGUACGGCCAUGGAUGCUGGAGCUCAGUACCUAAACUUGCUGGUCUCCAGAGGUGUGGGAAGAGUUGCAGAUUGAGGUGGAUAAACUACUUGAGACCUGACCUGAAGAGAGGCACAUUCUCAGACCAGGAGGAGAACCUCAUCAUUGAGCUGCAUGCGGUCUUAGGCAACAGGUGGUCUCAGAUUGCAGCACAGUUGCCAGGAAGAACAGACAAUGAGAUAAAGAACCUCUGGAACUCGUGCAUUAAGAAGAAGCUGAGGCAGAGGGGGAUUGACCCUGUCACACACAAGCCGCUCUCAGAGACAGAGACCCAAACAGAUGCCAGAGAAGAUGGUUGCAAAGGCCACCGCCGAAGGAGACGCUGAGAAGAUAUCAAAGCCACAAGUCAGUAGUGAAGUGAAGCUCCCACUCCCUGACAACUUCAAAUCCAAUACCAGCAGUACUGUUACCAUUAGGAACAGAGAGCUCCAGCUGCUGCAGGGAUUCAUGCAUGGAUCACCACCAGUUCUUGGUCAGACAUGAGAGCUCAUCGAGCUGCAGCCAGAACCAGACCCAGACAUCCAACCCAAUGGACUGCUUAUCCUUUCCCCCAGGAUUGAACUACAGCACCAACUCACUCUUCUGGUUCAACCAGAACUCUAGGCAAUUCAACAUCAAUCCCGACUUGAACUGUAGUAACUCCAAUAUGUAUAGUGUCAUGCCGCCCAUAACGUGUGCUGGCCCAAUGUUCUCAACUCCUGUGGAUCUAAAGUCCAUUGCUCUUGCUCCAGCCUGCACAAAUGCUCAUGGGACUGGGAAUCAAUACUGGGAGGUAUGUCAUGAUUCCAGCAACAGUAGUGCCAGCAGCGGUAUCGGAGGUGGCGGCAGCGGCAGCGGGGGGAUUGAUGGCCUGCAAAGCAAUAAUAGCUCGUUAGUGGACAGUGGCAUCUUCUCAUGGUCAGACGGAGAAUCUGAAGAACUUAAAUGGUCAGAGUACCUUCAAGGCUCAUUCCCUGUCUCUGCAGCGUUGAUCAACAACAGCAACAACAACUACAACCAAAGCCAACAGCUUUUCUCUGGAGGACAACAACAAGUUAAGGCAGAGGGCUACUUUGGGAAUGAUGGCGGCUUGGGUCCUUGGCAUCCGGGCUAUUAUGGUAAGCAUCUCUAAACUUGAACAAUUUCAACAGCAUUCCACGGCUUCUCAUCUGAUCCCAUAAACAGACAAGCUAGCUAGGGACAUGCAUGCAGCCCUGACAUGCUCACAUUAAUUAGUUUCUGAAUUCUUUUCACAAAUGUAUGUGUGUUUCAUAAAUAUAGAUAGAUUUUCUUCUUCUCGUGUAUAUAGAUAGGUUCUUACUUAUGA